UUACUUUCCUUUCAUCACCCUAAGCACGUGUUCGUCACCAGGGCCAGCUCUGUGCACGAUUAAUCGUAUUCAAAUACUGAAGCUGGACACAUCUGCUGGUCCAUCCUGAAAGACAUGCUCACAGCUACCAUGCUACCGCUCAAGAUGUUGGGCCUCCUCAUGCUCUUUUUUUCAAUGUGUGAUGCAGACGGUGAAUGCCUCCCGGAGCUCAUCCUGAAUCCGCCUGAGGUUCUGGGAGAAUAUGGAGACACAGUGACUGUCAACUGUUCCAGCGCAGACAGUGACAAUUUUGAGAUGUACGGGAUGGUUGGAAACACACAAUGGCAACCAGAAUAUGAAAAUAGUGUAACAUGGAACGUGACACUCUCAGACUGGAAUGUGACUGCAGAGUGCGUGAAACAGCUGAACAACACCAGCUGCCGUAAAGAGCUAAAAAUCAGAAUAUACCAGAAUCCAGAGGAAGUCGUUGUGGGUCCGACAAAGAAUGCAUCUGCGUUGGAAGGCACACAGUACCAGCUGCAGUGUGAUGUUCUCAAUGUUGCUCCUGUCCAACACCUGACUGUGAGUUGGUACAGAGACGGUGAGACCAUCAGGACGGACAACUUCACACACUUAAACGCAACCAAAGGACUAGCAAGUGAGUCCUCCACUCUGACAGCCACCUUCAGCAGAGCAGAAAACGGAGCUCAGUUUCAUUGUGGGGCUCAUCUGGACUUUGGGGAACAUGGAUCAAAACCUGCGGUUAAUUCAAGCGUGCACGCGGUUUCUGUGCACUAUGCCGCUGAGCUCAAAAACCAAACUGAGUAUGUCGAUGGGAAUGAGGGUGAUCACGUCACCUUGAAGUGUGAAGCUGAGGGGCGCCCUGCUCCUGUCUUUAGCUGGUCACUUGAUGGGAAGAAUUUAAUGGAGACCACGAGUGACCUCAACAUCACUUUAGCAACCAAUGCAAUAUACAUCUGCACAGCUUCCAACUAUCUGGGAAACACAACUAAGCUCUUUAAUGUCUAUGUGAUGAAAACAAACGUGAUGGGAGCCCCUUCAGCCAUAACCACCCCUGAACCAUCCACACCAAAAGAUUGCCCUCUAGUGUUGACGCCUGCUAAAAUCGUGGUGAGAUUUGGAGAUCCAGCCGAAGUUGAAUGCAGCACAUCGGCCAAAGGUUUACAAAGAAUGGGCUGGGAGGCUCCUUCUGGAGCCACAGCGUCUGAAACAAAUGUAACCAUCUGGACAGUCGACCAAGUGAAGGACUGGGCCACGGACCCUUUGUGCUACCUUAAUACUAAAGACAAGCAGUGUUCUGUGAAGCUAAAAAUCACUCUUUAUAAGACUGCAGACAGCGUGUCAGUGUCUGCGUUGGAUCAAGGGCCGAUGGUGGAGGGCACAGAGUACCUGCUGAAAUGUGACAUCACCAAUGUGGCUCCUGUGCAGAAGCUCAAAGUGACGUGGUACCGCGGCAAUGAAACUGUUGAAACACAGAUGUUUAAUGACACCAGCGAGAUCCCGGUAAAUGUCUCCUCCACCUUCAGAAUCACUCCUGAGAGAGAUUCUGAUGGAGAACUCUUCAGAUGUGACGCUAAGCUGCACCUAGGACCAAAUGGACCAAAGCAUGUCCCUACUAAAAGCUCAUCCCCGUUUAAGGCCGUUGUGCACUAUAAACCACUGGUCAAAACAUGCCCAGGCAGUUACGCUGGUGUGGAGCAGGAGUUCAGUAUUGACAAGUUGUCCUGUGACUUUGCUGGGAACCCUCCACCAACAGUUAAGUGGUACUAUAAAGAAAAACUGAUCAAUGCGUCUCAGCCCCUCACCAGGGAUCAAUCUGGAGAGUACACAGCUCAAAUUGAAAAUCACCUCGGCUCCAUCAACACCUCUGUCCUUGUCUCAAUCGAAUAUGGCCCUUCGUUUACCUGUGAUGAUCGCUACGAGGUCAGAGAGAACGAGAUUGUCCACUGUGAAGCCGAUGGAAAGCCUAAGCCCAAUGUCAGCUGGUUUGUGGGGGAGAAGGUAGAGGGAGGAAAAGAAGUGGCUGCCGUGACGCGCUGGACAAAGAAUGAUCGAGGAAUAUACUCACUGCAGGCAAUCAACAAACAUGGAAGUGCCACUCACAGGCUACGUGUUGAUGUUUUGUACGCCCCGGUCUUCACUGAGAGUUACAGCGAGGAGGUGAACGUGUUCCUGGGUGACAACGUGACUUUCGGCUGCAGUGCUGAUGGCCACCCUCCCCCUGACAUCCAGUGGAGAAAAAGUUCUGAAGCGCACGUGACCGUGACCACCAGGGGAAGCCAAAAGAGCAUCACUGUUGCGGGAGCCACGUCUACCGAUGCUGGUGUUUACAUCUGUGAUGCUACGAAUAACGUUACGGUUGUGACGAGAACCGUCACACUGGUAGUGAAAGAUCGUAAGCCCGUCGUUGGAAAAGCCAUUUGGUGGUUGAUAAUUCUAUUGGUGUUCGUCAUCGUCUUCAUCGCCAUCGGCGUUGCCCAGCAUUACAAAACACAUGGACAAUAUAGUUUCGUCUCAGCCAAACCCGACAACGAUGGAUCAGGCAUCCCGAUGACUACUCAGCCUAACGGGGUGUCGGUUUAGAACAUGCAACAAACUAAUGCCUGAACAUCAACAUCAGUGGGGAAUGAAUGCAAUGCAAUUUGUCCUUUAUGACAAGAAUGCAAUGUAAAUAUGGUAUGUACAAUAUAUGUGUAACUUUGGCAUAUAAGAUGUUAGGUUACUAUUAAUGUUACCUAAUUAAACAACUAAUUAGGAGCGGUAGAUUUGCUGAAAUGUGCUACCGAUGAAGAAUAAUUUUUAUUUGUAGGACUUUAAAGUCCAACCUAGACAACAUUUUUAAUUCUCAAUAUAGUUAGUGCGCUAAUGUGUUGUAUUUGUAUUGAACUGUACAAGCUAUUUUUUGAACAUCUUCGCAUGGACAUGUUAGUCACAUCAAGAGUAACAUCCCUGUACAAACAUAAUAAACAUAAUGAAUGAUUUUUGAAA